AUGCCUAGUAUAAAAGAAGAAAGCAUAUCCCCUCCACUAUCUCUUUCGCGUUCUGUUUCUCUUCAACCUUAUGUCUUUGACUCCACUUCUGCCGUGUCAGAAUCCCCUACACUUUCUCCGUCUCCUGACGACGAACCUGGUUUUAUGGAUGGAUUUAUUGGAUUUAUUGGAUAUGGGGAUGGGAAUGGGAAUGGUGGGCGCAGAAAUUCUGGGUAUCAUCGCAUAGUACUUCCGGAUGGAGAUGAGGGUGAUGGGAGUAGGGAUGGGGAUAUUGAUGAGGAUGAGGAUGGGGAUGGGGAUUCUGAGAAUGAGGUUGAAAGUGGAGAUGGAGAUGGAGAUGAUGGUUCCCAGGACGAUAAUGGGGAGGAAGAUGAGAAUGAGGGUGAGGUGAUUGAGGUAGAGAUGAAUAUUGAGGAAAUGCAAGAAGUAGUCGACAUAGCUCCUACCGAAGAAGAAGAAGAAGAAGAAGAGGAAGAGGAAGAGGAUGACGCAGGUUCCACCACCGAAUCCGAAGAAUUCCACCUCCUCGACGAAGAAGGAAAUCCCAUAACCAAUUCCCGCGAACGCAUCAUGACUGUAGCAGAAGAACGCAUAAAAAAAGAUAUGCAGGAUUCCAAUUAUGAAGCUACACCGGAUCCUAGUCCACCCAUCAAAUUCUUCGCCAUUGGCGCAGAAAUGUGCGAGUAUUACAUGCAGAAUGUAUGUCCCGAUGCGAAACUCCUAGGAAUAGGCCGAUUAGAUAAUUGGAUGUUUUGUGUAGAUGCAGAUGUGGAAGAUGUAUGUUGUUAUCAAAACAUACUACCACUCUCCACACAUGUAAAUUCAGAACCCGAAUCCGAGUCAGAAUCAGAAUACAACACCCGUGGAAAAGUCAUCUACGGAAUCCUAUGGGAAGUCCACGAGAAUACACUCUAUAAACUCCUGAGUAUGGAUAAAAACGAGGGAGAUGCGCAAUUUGGUAUGGCGAGGGUGGAUGUCAUGAGGUUAGAAUGUGAAAAGGGUUAUGGACCCACGUUUGCGUUUGGGAUGGGCUGGGGUUUGAAGAGGAAAUUGAGAGAGGUAAGGGUAGAGAAUGAUGUGGUUGCUUUUACGGGAAAGCCUGGGGGCAUGGGGCUAGGUGAGGGGUAUAAUGAGAGGGUUAAUAGGGGUAUUGUGGAGGGUUGUAUGAGGGGGGUUCCGGAUGAGUGGGUUGAGAGUGAUGUUAGGUUGUGGGUGCAGUAUCCGCCGCAGGAGGCGCCGGUUUUGCUUAAGUAG